AUGUUAGAUGAAAAAAAAUGAGUUUGAGAACCACUGCACGAACAACGCAUGCACCCUUGGUAGGAGUCACGUUUAGUUUCAUUCAAAUUCAAGUAUGAAAUUUUAAAAAAAAGUGAGGUUAUCUUCUACUUAUUUUACUUUUCGUUUACAUUUCACAGUCUAGGCUGUGUACAUGUCGAAAAUUUGCAUAGUGCUAUUAAUUGGCAUACCGGGUGCAGGAAAAACCACAUUUCAUACCACCCUCCGAAGAUCUACAGAUGAUGUGAUUUACAAAUUUCAUACUGUAGUAUACGAUGAGCUUGUAGUGAAUGAUUGUGAAAUCAGUUACAAAUGUAAAAGGGGCAAAGUAUUUGCGAUUGCCACUGAACUCAUGGCUUCCAUACUUACCUUGCCAACUAACCACAAGCAUGUUAUUAUAAUCGAUGACAACAUGUACCUUAAAAGUAUGAGGUAUGAAUACUACAAGCAUGCGGAACGAUUAGAAUUAUCAUUCUUGGAAGUGUAUUUUGAGGUGAACAUACCAACAGCGUUAUUAAGGAACAGCACUCGAGAGAAUAAGGUACCAGAAAAGACAAUCCUUAAAAUGGCACAGCAGAUUGAGAAACCCAUCGAAAGUUGGGAGGGAAAUGUGUUUAGAAUUAACUCCAACUUAAAUUUUGAUGAUAAUUUGUAUUUAGAAUUUUUUAACAAAUUGGAAUUGAGUUUUUGUAAAACACUAAGAAGGAAAGUGGAUUGCCACACCGAAAAAAUGUCAAUUACUAAGCUGCAAGCUGUAGAUUUAGUAUUGAGAAAGAUUGCUCAUGGCAAAAUUAAGGAGGAUAAGGAUAACGCUUCCAAAGUUUGCGCACAAAAAAAGCAUAUUUUUAAUGCAGUUAGGCAGGGUACAAUACUGGUCGAGGAUGGAUGGGACGAAUCUGAAUUGUUUACUAAUUUGAUGUUGCACUUUAGGUAAAAUUGUUCCAAAUUUUAAAUUCUGAUGGCUAAGUGAUAAUAAACACAAAUGCUUAAAAUUUGUGGAAUUUAAAAAUGGUACAGAAUAAGACCAUCACAAAGCAGAAACUUAAAUGUUACAAUCACACGAUUAUGCACUUACAGCAAGUUCCAUUUGUAUAAUCUUGUAACAUUACUUUUAUUACACGUAUUUAUACAUGAAAUAGUAAAAAAAAACUAAUUCUUUAAAUAUGUCUAAAACACACAAUAAAAAACAAUA